AUGGCCAGCGGCAGCAGCAGGACCGCCCUAAACCGGCUCAUGAAAGAAUACAAGCAGCUGACUUCUCAAGGAGCACCGGAUGGCAUGUUCACUGCUGGUCCAAUCUCCGAGUCUGAUAUGUUCACCUGGGAGGCCCUAAUCAUGGGUCCAAGGGACACGCCCUUCGAGGGCGGUGUCUUCGCCGCCAAGCUCACGUUCCCGCAUGAUUACCCUCUAUCCCCGUUCAAGAUGAAGUUCGAGCCACCUCUGUUUCACCCUAACAUAUACCCUGACGGCACCGUCUGCAUCUCGAUCUUGCACGCCCCGGGGGACGACCCGACGAUGUACGAAUCAGCGUCAGAACGAUGGAGUCCCGUGCAGAGCGUGGAAAAGGUCAUAUUAAGCGUCAUAUCCAUGCUCGCAGAACCGAAUCUGGAGAGCGGUGCCAACAUCGAUUGCUGCAAGCUGUACCGUGAUAACAGAGCUGAAUACGAGCGUAUCGUGAGGCAAUCUGUUAGGGAGCAGCUUGGCCUCUAG